CACAUGCUGCUACCAUGGUGUCUCUCUUCUCUGGCCGCAUCUUGAUCAGAAACAACAGCGACCAGGAUGAAGUGGAGACAGAGGCAGAGCUGAGCCGCCGGUUAGAGAAUCGUCUCGUGCUACUGUUCUUCGGUGCUGGGGCCUGUCCCCAGUGCCAGGCCUUCGCCCCAGUCCUCAAAGACUUCUUCGUGCGGCUCACUGAUGAGUUCUACGUGCUACGGGCAGCACAGCUGGCCCUGGUCUAUGUGUCCCAGGACCCUACAGAGGAGCAACAGGACCUGUUCCUCCGGGACAUGCCUGAAAAGUGGCUCUUCCUGCCGUUCCAUGAUGACCUGAGGAGAGACCUCGGGCGCCAGUUCUCCGUGCGUCAACUGCCAGCGGUCGUGGUACUCAAGCCAGGCGGGGACGUGCUGACGAGCGACGCCACGGACGAAAUCCAGCGUCUGGGACCCGCCUGCUUCGCCAACUGGCAGGAGGCGGCAGAGCUGCUGGACCGCAGCUUCCUGCAGCCGGAGGACCUGGAUGAGCCCGCGCGGCGCAGCAUCACGGAACCUCUGCGUCGUCGCAAGUACCGCGUAGACCGGGAUGCUGGCCGGGGGCGGGGCCGAAACGAGCGCGACUCUAGAAAUCCCCAGGGGGGCGCGGGUGCAGGGACGGAGCUCUGGUGAUCCCCCCCCCCGCUCCCCAGGGUACCCGGGUGCACUGGUGGAACUUUGGUGACCUCCAGGGGAACUCGGGUGUAGGGGCAAGGCUCGGAUUAUUCUUUUCCUCUUCCAAGUUCACUAUGUUCCCUAGACAGCAACCCAGGCUGGCCUUGAACUCACCAUUCUCCUGCCUCAGCGUAAAAGUAGCUGAAUGACAGCCAAAGAGAGACAAGAGUUUUCUCUUCCAGGUCUCCUCUAGUCCUUGAAAGAACGUGGAUUCCCACGAACAGAUACCCUCAGGAAGAUACCCAGGUCUUAGUGCAUGCUAAGCACUAAGAAGCCAUAGAACACCAGACUCAAAACUCCCAUCCAAAACAAAAGAAGCAAAAACAGUCUUGCCAGGAGCACUUUGUGGUGCACCUAUUACUCAGCGCUCUGGGCGCAGGAGAGGGCCAGCAAGUUGAUUCUGUGCAGAAAGACGCUUGCUGUCAAGACUGACAACCCGAGUUCAAGUCCCAGAACCCACAGAGUGGAAGAGAGAACUGACUUCCACAAAUCGUUGACCUCUCUACAGUUAUGGUUGUAAGUACAUGCACACACGGUGACAAAUGAGUAUAUCUAACAAAAAUAGUAGGUGUUUGUUUUGUUUUAUUUCAUGACAGGGUCUCUGUAUAGCCCUGGCUGUCCUCGAAUUUGUUUUUGUAUACCAGG